AUGGCUAAAAUGGGCACUAAUUCUUGUACGUGCGAAAUGGUAAUAAAUUUGAGGUCAGCCAAGCGGCCAAGAAGUCACGUCUACGUGAUAGCGGCCGAUAACCGCUGGAUAGUGAAAUCACGUAUACGUGACAGCGGUCGUCAAAGUGUUAAACUACAGAAAGCUGUGGCGAUGUCUGGAAGUUUUACUCGGGCCGCGUGGCUCUUCCUAAUUACACUAGUAACAAUAACAUAUCGAUCCGCAGGAGAACCGUCGCAGCUGAUAGUAUGCAGUCAACCGAAUGUUUUCACGGUCCAAAUAACCGGCAAUGAGCAAGUUGUCUAUGGCACCAAAUUAUUAAUCAGACACAGCCCACAAGUCGGAAUUUUCUCUUAUCCCGAGAUAAAGCCAGUAAACGUUGUCUUCAAUGAAUCCAUUAUUGAAUUCACAGGAUAUACGUCGUUUCAACGUUCGGCAAUCCAGGAUCUCUUACCCGAAAGACUCUCCUGGAGUGCCAGUGGUAUCAUUUUUGGAAUCGGCACGCUCCAAAAACUAAGCAGCGAGAAUUAUGCAGUCCAAGAAUGUCGCCUAUUUCUGCCGUCCAACAUCAAAGCUAGCUCUAAUUUACCAAAGGUAAUGGAAGAGGCAAUCAUUUAUUACGCUCAGUCGUGUGCCAAAGAGUAUCUUUGCGAGAGGAUAGGAACGAUGACGGAAAAAGAACUUCAGAACAUUAACAUGUAUGACGAAGACAGACAUAAUAUACAACGUAUUAUUCAUCCUACCAAUUCUACUCGAAGGGUUGAGUUAAUCAUGAACGUACCAGUGGACAUCGUCCUUAAAAACGUAAUACAUUAUAUUAAGGAAAACGGACUAUCCAUAGUUGAACUUCCAGAUGUAAAAGAGGUAUACGAUAUAGGACUUGGAGUGAAAUGUGUGUUUGAGAUGGUCAAUGGAACCUUCGAAGAUCUUUCGAGUUUAAAGAGAACAGAGAAUGCAUUCAUGUCCAAUGAGGGAAGGACAAAUCUUGUAGAUGCUGCCUUUGGACUUUCCACAGCAAAUUUUAAGUACGAUUACAAGCUUGAAGCUGCCCUAAUUAAGGUUAGCGGCAAGAUAUUAGCCACUGUUAAAGAAUUAGCAAUGGCAGCAAAAGUGGCCAUACAUUAUGAUAAAACGUGCGAGGUAAAGUUAGAGUACGUGAAAAUAACAGAACUUGGCAAAAUCGACUUUAAAAUUACUGGUUUAGGUCCGUUUAAUUAUUUAACGUCUACAAUAUUCACUUGGUUAACUAAAACAUGGCAAAAUAGAAUUGUUAAAAUUAUCGAAGUUAACGUGAGAAAAAUCGCCGAGAAACAAUUAAAUGACUAUAUUUGCAACAAUUAUUACAAUGAAAUCACAGUUUAAAAUCUCUUCUUGGAUGUUUCCUAUUCUGUUAAACAAGAAACUUGAAAAAUUGAUGUAUAAAUAAAAUAUACUAAUCA